GAAGUUGUGAUUUUGCUGAACAUGUAGAAUCACUUCACCAAUUGUCAGUGGAUGGAGUGGCUGUGCCCCGAGGGGUCUGUGUUCAGGGAGCGCGCCCGAGACCCAGGGGAAUCAUAAUGUGGCUGCUCGCUCUCCUCACGUUUCCGCUUGCUUCUCCCACAGCAGGGCCUGGUCUGGAGUUGGUCGUGGACAUGGACCCGAGGGAGCAACUGAGGGUGAGAGGGGAACGGUUUGAGGCAAACUGCACCGCGACAGCCGACAGCCUGAAGAUAACUGCAGAGUGGGUUUGUCCCCCAAACAGCAGCUGCACUGUUGUGGAUACUCGCGGCGCGAGGGGAGAGCUAUACCGCAGAACCCAACAGCUGCUCAUUCCUGCCGUGAUGUUAUCCGAUUCUGGGAAUUUCACCUGCACGGGAUAUACUUUCAGAGGCAUGGGGAAGACUUUCAGAGUCACGGAGCGCAAAUCAGACACAAUAUCUCUCCAAGUCCUGGAGAAAGGCUUUGUGCAACUCGACACUGAGCAGAACCAGACGCUGGAGGUAGACGUUGGGGAGAGCCUGGAGCUGAGAGUGGGGAUUGAAGCCUAUCCCAGGCUGAGCCACUGUCACUGGGUACACGAAGAUGCAGCGAAUGGCUCUCACAGUGAGCUCCUAUACAGAGCGGGAGAGAACAGGUAUGUAUGUUCUCUGCCCCUGGUACGUCUGAAGGUGACAGAGAGCGGCAACUACACGUGUUUCACAUCGAAUUCGGAAGCAAACGGGUCUCUGACCUUCCGUGUGUUGAUAAAGCAGAAGCCGGUCGUGACGCUGAGACACGGAGAGGAGCUGGAGUGCCGAGCUGUGGGCUACCCGCCUCCCAUCAUCCACUGGUACCAGUGCCCAGGAUUCCCAAACAGUUGCACAGAGCUCGGGGAUGCAUCCGCCCUGCACCUGAUGACUGAUGUGGAGAGCAGGCUGGUUUCCCAGGCUCCAGAUGGGGUGACAGAGGUUAUGAGCAGUGUGUCGAAGGCGGGAAUCAGGAUCAACUCCACCCUGGAAUGUUUUGCUUCCAACAAAGCCGGAGCCGAUUCCAAAGUCUUCUCCAUCACGGCUCAUGACCAGCCGAUCACCCCAUUCCUGGCGAGUGCGGUCGCUGUGGCGAUGACCCUGACACUGCUCCUCGCCAUCUUACUGUACAAAUACAAGCAGAAACCCAAGUACGAGAUCCGCUGGAAAAUUAUUGAGGCUGUGAAUGGGAAUGACUACAUAUUCCUGGAUCCCAGUCACCUGCCGUACAGCGAGAAGUGGGAAUUCCCCCGGGAGAACCUGUGCUUCGGUAAAAUCCUGGGAGCGGGGGCAUUUGGGAAGGUGAUGGAAGCCACAGCCUAUGGGCUGGGCGAGGAGGAGACGGGAACCAAGGUGGCUGUGAAGAUGCUGAAACCGCGAGCUCAUUCCACUGAGAAGGAGGCGCUGAUGUCUGAGUUGAAGAUCCUCAGCCACCUGGGCCAGCACAACAACGUGGUCAACCUGCUCGGAGCCUGCACACAGGGAGGUCCUGUGCUUGUCAUCACGGAGUACUGUUGCUAUGGAGACCUGCUGAACUACCUGAAACACCGAGCGGAGUACCUGACGAGUAGCUCUCAAUGCAGUGACUACAGGAACCUGUGUAUGUGGCCGCCAGAGAGGGUGGAGCGGGGGAAAAGCUAUGAUGGUUAUCUGCCCAUGAGACCCAGUGUGUCCAGCAACUGCCCCCUGAUACCUGAAAUCGAUUGCAAGAUAACAGACGACGAUGUUCUGGAGGCUGAGGAGACCCUGGCCUUGGACAUGGAGCAGCUUCUCAACAUCUCCCAUCAGGUGGCUCACGGCAUGGACUUCCUCUCGUCCAGAAAUUGUAUUCACCGGGACGUCGCUGCCAGGAACGUGCUGCUGACACACGGCCGAGUGGCUAAGAUCUGUGACUUUGGGCUGGCCAGGGACAUCAUGAACGAUUCCAACUACGUUGUUAAAGGCAAUGCCAGGCUCCCUGUGAAGUGGAUGGCCCCGGAGAGUAUCUUUGACUGUGUCUACACAGUGCAGAGCGACGUGUGGUCAUAUGGGAUCCUCCUGUGGGAGAUCUUCUCGCUGGGCUCCAGCCCUUACCCUGACCUGCCCGUGGACAGCAGGUUUUACAAGCUGAUCAGAUCCGGUUACCAGAUGAGCCGUCCUGUGCUGGGGACUCCCGAAAUGUACGAUGUGAUGAGCCAGUGCUGGCACCUGGACCCCCACAAACGUCCCACUUUCCAGCAGAUCCGGCAAAUGAUAAACAAGCAGCUGGACUGGACCGUGGAGCAGGACGACAGUACCCAGCCACUGAGGGAUGAGCUCCCCGGCCGGCCGGCCUGUCUCCAGCCUGCGGAGCCUGGUGAGGGGGACACACACACAGCCUGGAGCUGAGCAACCGUGCGCCGAGACAACCCGUCAGCCAGCCAAGCCGCAGGCUCGGGACACGGAAACCUCCUCGUUCCUCACAGUCGGCCUCGCUCGCUCCCCCCCGAGUCGCAGCUGUAACACGGUCUGUUCAUGGCAGCCUGUCAGGACCCUGAGCUCCCCUCACACCAGCCUCUGUUACCUUCAUCUGAGCUCAGCGGGUCCUCAGUUUUUACUAAGAUAUUUCAUUGCAGUUUGUCACCUUCAUGUAAGGCUGUAGCCGUGUAACCUAGCGACACACUAACCUAGCCACACACUCACCUAGCCACAUACUAACCUAGCCACACACUAACCUAGCCACACACUAACCUAGCCACACACUCACCUAGCCACAUACUAACCUAGCCACACACUAACCUAGCCACACACUAACCUAGCCACACACUAACCUAGCCACACAGUAGCAACAGCAACUUGCAUUUAUAUAACGCUCCCUCCAUGCAAUAAUCUGCCGACGAGCAGUAAUGUGUGUCAGAGCGCUUGAACCUGAUAACUUAGUAAUACAGUAAACUCCAACUAGUUUUGUGAAUGAAUGAAUCAUCCCUCUGUCUAGCUUGUAUUUGUCCAUUUCCCUUUUUAAUUGAGGCUUCUACAGCUAUUGUUAAAUAUUAUUGCACAAUAUUACUGAUCAUUACUAAACAUUUGCCACAUUAUUACUGCAGAUUGUUGAAUGUCCCGGCUUUGCUGUGAUAACGGUAAAAGAUUGUUCAUUUAAUGGAUAAAAAGGGCAUUAAUGUCUUCCAUUCCUGUACCUGCACCUGAACAGCUCUUUGUGAAGUGGAGAGAGCAGUUUGUGUGUGACUUGCUCGGCAGCUAUCUCAGACAGAGUCUCAGCCUCUGCUCUGUGCUCUCACUUUAUACCAGUGUCACCCUCACUCCUUAUAACUGUACAGAUUGUAAGUGAAUUCACUCUCAAGCUGUAACCGUGUGUUUAUUGCAAUAAAGCAUAACUAACAUGU